AAUUUAUUAGAACAUAAACUUUUGUGGGCUUUAGCCCACUUCUUCAGAUGUGGGAGUUUAAACUGGAGUUUGGCAGAUCAAGUUACAGUGAAGAUGAAAGUUCUUUUAUUCUGUCCUAGCUUCGCAGUGAGCGCCUCUCUGCCUGGUUUGAUCAUUUUCUUCAUUACUUUUCACAUUCACAAGCUGGAAUCAGCCCAAUUCAGCGUGACCGGUCCUGAUCACCCUGUCACUGUCCGGAUAGGUGAGGCCACUGUGUUACCCUGUCACCUGUCCCCCAGGAUGAGUGCUGAGAACAUGGAAGUGAGAUGGUUCCGAUCUAAGUUCACUUCAGUUGUUCACCAGUAUUAUGAAGGAAAGGAUCAGUAUGGAGAGCAGAUGCCAGACUAUCAUGGAAGGACAGAGCUUUUGAAAGCUGGCAUCACAGAUGGGAAUGUUUCCUUGCGGAUUCUUAACAUCAGUCGCUCAGAUGAAGGACAAUACCACUGUUUUGUUCAAGAUAAUAUUUUUUAUGAAGAAGCCCUAUUGGAACUGAAGGUAGCAGGGAAAUAUCUUGGAGAAAUCAAGGAACAGGUUACAGAAAUUGAGCCGCCCCUGAGCGAGUGUAGGAUCAAACACUGA